GUUUACCAAGAACAAUUUACACGUUAGCAUUGUUGUUAUUUAGACGUUUAUUAACACAUUGGAACUCAAAAUAUGACUCAUUUAACGGCACAACAUCACAUACUUACUUCAGGUAGUCUUUAAUUCACGUUGGAGACAGGACUUGGUUGAUAGACGUUAUCUAAGUAACGUUAGCUAACAAUGUUUUUUCACACUCAAAUAGCCUCCAUCAUGGAGGUACUAGCGAAUGCAGCCGUGGCAGAGAUCUGUAAACUCGUAGACGACGACUAUGCAGUGUUUCGUUUGGAAAUGUCUCAAAGCCAGAAAGAAAACAGGACAUUGCGUAGGAAACUACAGCUAUUGGAACUGAAGGUGGUACGGGAGCGCGCAGAGAGAACAAUUAGAGAGCGCGUCCGCGCCAGUCGUCCCUGUAGUGUCAAGAUCCUCGACCAAUACAACGGAAUGGCAAGAGGUGAAGGACAUCUCACUGGAGGCCACCUGAUCUCUGUGAAGCCAGCAGGACACAAUACAUGGAGAGAUGACCAACCAAUCACUGUUGAUGAGGGAAGUGGAUCUUCAACCCAGCAUGUUAUUGUGAUAGAGUCUGCAGAUGCAGAGGCUUCUGGAGGAUCGUCUCUGGUCAAACAGGACAGGACUGAAGGAGAGGACCCACGAGACAUCCAGACUAGAGCAGCGGCUGGCGUGACGCCCCCUGUAGCCACGGAGGACCUCGCCACCACGCCCCAUCCAAGGACCCGACGCAGCAUCACGGAGGAGGAGGAGGGUCCAGAGGUGCUGCUGGUGAAGGAGGAGGGUCUGGGGAACCCUGAGGAGACCAUAGUCAUGGAGGACAACCAGACUACACCUCCUCCUGAACCCACAGAGGAACCAGCUGAGCAGCACAGGACAACACACAGUAUCACUGAGUCAGUAGACAUGGAGGAUGGGAAGCCUGAUCUGCUGAUUGUCAAAGAGGAGACAAUAGACGACGAACCAGAGAGCAUUGACCUGCUGAGUGGACUAAAGAUGGGGGAGGAAGGUGGUUGGCUGGAGGCUAACAGAGGAGACUGGGCAGCCAUCUUGGAUUCCCAGACCCAGACCUGUGCAGCCAAAGGCCUAAGAGACAACGUCACUGAUCAGGCCAGGACCAGAGGCGAUAUAAUGGAGGUCAGUGGAUGGGACAGCAUCCUCAACUCUCAGCGGGGGAACUACACUGUUAACCACAACCAGAAACUAACAGUCGAACACAAAACAACAACCAAACUUAGUCUCCAUGACAACAGACUGGCUGAGACCAGGGCGAGGCGUAGAUUUGGUCUGCAGGUACGGGGAGGUGUCCGUAUGCGGCUGGAGAGAACAGACACAGACUCGGCUAGCGAUGCUCCGUCCUGCUCCUAUAGCUGUGAUUCAGAGGGAUUGAUGGCACCUCAGGUUAACCCCCUAACAGGUGCUGCCUUCAGCCUGCCUUCUAUAGGAUCUAUCAACUGGAACAUGGACCCUGUGACAACACAGACACUCCCUGGCCUUCAUCCUCCUCACACUCUCCUGAUGUUAAACCAGACCUCAGACAAUGCCUCAACACUAAAUGGCUACACAAGCCCAUUGACAAAUGACCGUAGUAGAGACGUAAUCUGUAAAGCUGGCAGCGUCAAAGAGAAGCGCUUCCCAUGUUCAUUCUGUGGGAAAGCCUUCAGUUUUCCCAAACAGGUGGAGAUCCACCAGAGGACUCACACAGGGGAGAAACCAUUCAACUGUACACAGUGUUAUAUGCGCUUCGCCCGGGCUGGCCACCUGAAGAGCCAUCAGAGGGUCCACACAGGGGAGAAACCCUUCAGCUGCCCCCAGUGUGAGAAGAGGUUCUCCCACCAGCACCAGCUGAAGAGGCACCUGAAGGUCCACACGGGAGAGAGGCCGUUUGCCUGUACGCACUGCGAGAAGAGGUUCUCAGAGAGGAGCUAUCUCAGGAUACACCAGCAGAAAAUGCACAUGGUCCAUGUAUAGAUAUGUAAUUUAGUACUAGUUAAUUUGUUUGUAGUUCAUUCUGUUGGUUUUGGAUGUAGUAGGGAACUGGAUGAGGUGAACUGAGGAAAGAAUGAGUAUGAUGAGGCAGAGUAGAUGAUAAGGUGAUGGUUGAUGUGAUGGUGUCUAAAAAUGCUUCACUGAUGUAAAGUGAGCCGUGUCCUGUUUGAUGCUGGUGUUUUAUAAAUGAGGAAAUGUUAGUGCCUUAAUUCAUUUUUACUUAAAAUUAAGUAGUGAAGAUGUGUGUAAUGUUGAACCUUUUCCAAAGUAUUCUAAAAUGUAUUUUAUGGUACCAGAUUUAUAGAAGUUAGUGUUACCAUAGUGAAGUUAUUCUACUUGUGAUUGCUAUUUUGUUUAAAUGAACUACUAAAUUGACUCUGCUGACUGACUUGGUUAUUUUGUAUCAUUUUUUAUAUAUAUAUAUUUUAGAAUAAGCUCCAUAUUGUUAGGUACUUGAAUCAGUUUAAGAUGGGCUGUGGUUCACAUUUUAUAAUGUCAUGUUUCUGUGUGUACAGGAAAGAGUUUAAAUAAAGUUCUGCUUUUCAGUACAAUCUUUGCUUG